GGCUACCACCGGCCCACCCUCUCUCUGCCUCCAGAGCGCACCUCCUGCUGGCGGGACCUUGGCCACAGGCCGCCCAGCGACCUCUGGGAAGAUGAGUGGCUGCGGGAGGAAGGCCCUGACCCUGCUGAGCAGCGUCUUUGCUGUCUGUGGCCUGGGUCUCCUGGGCAUUGCGGUCAGCACUGACUACUGGCUGUACCUGGAGGAGGGCGUGGUCCUGCCCCAGAACCAGAGCAUGGAGAUCAAGAUGUCCCUGCACUCCGGCCUCUGGCGUGUCUGCUUCCUCGCAGGUGAGGAGCGGGGCCGCUGCUUCACCAUAGAGUAUGUGAUGCCCAUGAACACCCAGCUGACAUCAGAGUCCACCGUCAAUGUUUUAAAAAUGAUUCGUUCGGCCACACCAUUCCCUCUGGUCAGCCUCUUCUUCAUGUUCAUUGGGUUUAUCCUGAGCAACAUCGGACACAUCCGUCCCCAUAGGACUAUACUGGCCUUUGUCUCCGGCAUCUUUUUUAUUCUCUCAGGCCUCUCUCUGGUGGUGGGCCUGGUACUGUACAUCUCCAGCAUCAACGAUGAGAUGCUCAACAGGACCAGGGACACGGAGACCUAUUUCAACUACAAGUAUGGGUGGUCGUUUGCCUUUGCUGCCAUCUCUUUCCUUUUGACAGAGAGCGCUGGGGUGAUGUCCGUGUACCUGUUCAUGAAGAGGUACACCGCCGAGGACAUGUACAGGCCUCACCCCGGCUUCUACCGUCCCCGUCUGAGCAACUGCUCCGAUUACUCAGGCCAGUUCCUGCACCCGGACGCCUGGGUCCGGGGCCGCAGCCCGUCUGACAUCUCCAGUGACGCCUCCCUGCAGAUGAACAGCAACUACCCAGCCUUGCUCAAGUGCCCCGACUAUGACCAGAUGUCAUCCUCUCCCUGCUGAGCCUCACCGCCUUCCUCCCUGGACUGUGGACAACCAGACGGCCCUUCCCAUGCUCCCCUGAUGGUCUGUGAGCCCCAGGCCCUUGGUUGACAGGCCCAGGCUGCCCCCACCACGCUUCGCUCUUGUCCCUUGUCCCUUGACCCGUGUCGUCUCCAAGCUUCCCCAAGAGCGGCUCUAGCUGCCCCCAGCGUGGGGUCAGGAGUCUGGAGCCAGUGGACAAGCUGAUCGGCUGAGAGUGUGGGCGUGGCCCCGCCUCUCGGGUGCCAAUCACUCCUGCGGCUCUCCCCUUCCUUGGGAGCGGUGGCUGUUCCAGCUGUGUUAUCUGUCCCCACACACCUUCCUCCGUGGCCCCAGGCCGAGACGAGCUCUGAGAUGCCGAGUUCCUUACACAGACCCAGCCGGACCUGUGUGCCUACCAACUAGCCUGGCCCCCGUGUUCGUGUUCUGGACCAUCAGGGCGAAAGGUGAAUCUCAUAUGAGGUCUGGCUGGUUCAGAAUUGCCAAGCAGUGUUCCUCGUGAAAUCCCUUAUCCGUUUUCCUUACCCACGUCGGUCUGCGCGACACGCCGUCCUGUCCUCCCCGCCC